UUCCAUGGUUUCUGCGCCUAUUAGCUUUUUGGAUCUAAUGGUUUCCUCGUCUCAACUCAUUUUCCUAGCAUUGCUAAUAGUUGAAAUAGCAGCAGCAACGCCAACUAUAGCAAAGCCCGGCUGUCGAUCCCGAUGCGGGAAUGUGGAUAUUUCAUACCCUUUUGGUAUGGGAGCCAAAUCUUGUUAUUUAGAUGAAUGGUUCAAGAUUGACUGCAACACUACUAGAGCUUUCCUCAGCAAAAUCAGCAUGGAAGUGCUGAAUCUUUACUAUGAAAACUCCACUUUACGUGUUAACAGUCCCAUCAUUUCCUCCAAUUGCCCUGGUCGGAAAACCGGCCGAGCUGUGAAUUUGACCCGAAGUCCUUUCAGCUUCGCUGAUGAGAAGAAUUCAUUCUUCGCGUUAGCCUGCAACAGCCUUGGCAAGGACUGCUGCCAGGUCACAAUAAGAGGGCCACUUCAGGAAUUUAAUGUAAUUUUUGCAGAUGAUAAUCACCCUGAUGAAAAAGGCAGGGAGAGAUGCAAGCGAUCUUUUGUGGUUGAAGACGAAUGGAUUUGGUCCAAGGUAGAAGAUCCCUAUGAAAAGGUACAAGACAGGGAUCAUGUUCCUGUUAUUCUGAAGUGGAGUGUAAAAAUGAACUUGUUAGGCACAGACGAAAGGACCAAGUUGAUAAUUGAUGAUAGUGGGACUUCGUUUCACCGUGUGUGCAAGGAAGGCUACUCGGGAAAUCCUUAUCUCCAGGAUGGAUGCCAAGAUAUUGAUGAAUGCCAAGACCCACAAGUAAAGAAACGUUGCCGUGGUACAUGCCUGAAUACGCCGGGCUCCCACAAAUGUCGUGACCCUAAGCGUUGGAUUAUCAUUUUAGUUAUCAGCGUCGUCUUUGGAAUAUUGCUUCUGGUUACUGGGAUAUGGUGGUUAAAUAAAUGUAUGAAAAGAAGAAACAACAUUAAGCUUAAAGAGAAGUUCUUCGAAAGGAAUGGAGGGUUACUGUUACAUCAAGAACUUUGUUCAAGUCAAGGCAAUAUUAAGAAGGCAGAAAUAUUCAGUUUGAAGGAGUUGGAGAAGGCAACAAAUCAGUUUAAUGUAAACAGAAUUUUAGGUCAAGGUGGUCAAGGUACUGUUUAUAAAGGAAUGCUUGUGGAUGGAAGAAUAGUUGCAGUUAAAAAAUCCAAGAUGAUAGAUGAAUCACAACUUGAAGGAUUCAUUAAUGAAGUUGCAAUUCUUUCUCAGAUUAAUCACAGGAAUGUGGUAAAACUUCUUGGAUGUUGUUUGGAGACUGAGAUUCCUUUGCUUGUCUAUGAAUUCAUCCCUCAUGGAACUCUACAUCACUACCUCCAUGAACAAAAUGUAGAGUUUCAAUUGUCAUGGAAGAUGCGUCUACGCAUUGCCAUAGAAGUUUCAGGGGCCCUUUCUUACUUGCACUCAGCAGCAUCUAUACCCAUUUAUCAUCGAGAUAUCAAGUCAACAAACAUUCUCUUGGAUCAAAAGUACAGAGCCAAAGUAUCAGAUUUCGGAACAUCAAGGUCUAUUGCUAAUGAUCAAACUCAUGUCACCACUAAUGUACAUGGAACUUUUGGGUACUUAGAUCCAGAAUACUUCCAAUCAAGCCAAUUUACAGAAAAGAGUGAUGUUUAUAGUUUUGGAGUAGUUCUAGUUGAGCUAUUGACAGGUCAAAAACCAAUUUUUGAGACCAAGUCACGAGAAGGAAUUGGUUUAGCCGCACAUUUCAUUGUUUCCAUGGAGAAAGACCAAUUAUUUUCCAUAAUUGAUCCUCGAAUUAUGAGAGUUGAUGAUUUUGUUAAAGAAGAAAUUCUGAUAGUUGCUAAACUUGCAAAAAGAUGCUUGAACUUAAAUGGAAAGAAUCGGCCUACAAUGAAAGAAGUGACAAUAGAGUUGGAGGGGAUUCAAAUUUCUCAAAACAAUUUGAAUGUUCAACAAAAUAGUGAAUCCAUUAUCUAUGAUGCUUCUUCUGCUUCAAGUAGCUCGAGUUUUAGUGAGGUUGAGGCUUUUUCCAUAGACAUGGAAACUGAGUCGUUGAUUUAUAACCAAACUUGGUGA